AUGCAGCAGGACAAAGUGGGCGAGCCGAUCCAAUUUACUCUUGAAAACUACUACAAGGCGCGUCUAGAAAAUACACGGGCUCUUGUUUUCAAGAAACGUCAAGAGCUUGAAACCAUAUUAUUCCGACGCAGCGAGCUUAACAACCAGGUGAAGCACCUUAAGGAGGAGCUUGCAACACUUCAAGAGCCUGCCUGCGACAUUGGAGAGGUCAUCAGACCCCUUCCAGACAAUAAGUGCUAUAUCAAGUCCUCUGUGGACGACAAGCAGAUAGUUAACGUUUCUUCGAAGGUUUCGAUGAGCGACUUGAAGCCUGGGCUCCGUGUGGCUCUUCGGUCGUCAGACAGCGAGAUAGUGAUGAUUCUCCCCAAGCACGUUGAUCCAGCUAUCUCGCUGAUGAAGCUUGACAAGGUGCCAGAUCAAUCAUAUGACGACAUUGGAGGACUGAGCAAGCAGGUGUUAGAGUUGCGAGAGAUACUUGAGCUACCCAUAAAGCAUCCCGAGGUUUUCAAACGCCUGGGGAUCCCCAUGCCGAAGGGAGUGCUUCUCUAUGGAGCUCCUGGCUGCGGUAAGUCUGCCGUUGCACGUGCAGUUGCUCAUCACUGCGGGUGUACCUUCAUUAGGGUCUCCGGCAGUGAGUUGUUAUCGAAGUACAUCGGAGAAGGCAGUAGGAUGGUCAGACAAGUGUUCCAAAUGGCACUUAAGAACGCGCCUGCAAUUGUGUUCAUCGAUGAAUGCGACAGUAUUGGGACGAAGCGCUCUGAGGAUUCGCAUGGAGGGGAAUCAGAGGUAAACCGCACAAUGACGGAACUGCUCAGCCAGGUCGACGGCUUCGAAGAGAACAAUUCGGUUAAGCUAAUUAUGGCCACAAACCGCAUAGACACAUUGGAUGACGCGUUGCUGAGACCCGGCAGGAUUGAUAGGAAGGUGGAGUUCCCGCUUCCAGAUGUCGCUGGAAGAAUAGAGAUUCUCAGAAUUCACAGCAGAAAGAUGAACCUUGUUAGACAGAUAGACUUCAAGAAAAUCAGCCAGAGCAUGGAGGGGGCUUCUGGUAGUGACUGCAGGGCUGUCUGCAUGGAGGCAGGGAUGUUUGCCCUUAGGGAGCGACGGAACUAUGUCACAGAGGACGACUUCACGUUGGCGGCGACCAAAGUUAUGAGCUGGAAGGAUGUAGGGGUAAAGAUCUCCGAAAAGAAGAUGGUGAAGUGA